AUGGACAAUUACAACCAGGAUAAUCUCAACAUAGUACUGGAAGAUGAGAUCCUCAGGUCGGAAAGUACUCGACCAGCUACUGGGGAAGAGCAAAGAACAAGUACGAGUAGCGCUAGAAUUAUUUAUGACGUGACUGGAACAAAGUCGAAAGGACGUCCAGCCACUGACGUAUCUAGUGUCAAAAGGGAAGUUCGAUGCUGUAAAAAGCCGCAUACAAUCGGAACUUGGAACGUCAGAACGAUGAACCAAGGUAAACUUGACGUUGUCAAAGGAAAAAUGUCAAGAAUAAACAUCGGCAUUCUAGGAAUUAGUGAAUUGAAAUGGACAGGAAUGGGUCAUUUCAUAUCAGAUGACUACCACAUAUUCUAUUGUAGACAGGAAAAUCACAGAAGAAACGGUGUAGCCAUAAUCGUUAAUAAAAUGUUGUCUAACUCAGUGCUUGGAUACAACCCCAAAAAUGACAGGAUAAUAUCAAUUCGAUUAUUAGGCAAACCGAUUAAUGUCACAGUGAUUCAAGUCUAUGCACCUACUACAGGUGCAGAUGAAGAAGAAAUAGAAGACUUUUAUGUCAGCUUGCAGCAACUCGUUGAUACAACACCAAAAAAAGAUACCAUUGUCAUCAUGGACGAUUGGAACGCCAAAGUAGGAAGUAAACCAUUAACUGGUAUAACUGGAAAUUUUGGACUAGGAGAUCGAAAUGAAGCAGGAGACAGACUAUUGGAAUUCUGUCAGAACAACUCCUUGUUUAUAACAAAUACGUGCUUUCAACAGCCUAAAAGACGACUCUACACAUGGACGUCCCCGAACGGACAAUACAAAAUCAAAUCGAUUACAUACUUUGUAGUCAAAGAUGGAGAAGCUCCAUCCAGCUAG